AUGAAAAAAUAUGGGAACGCCCUCCCCUCGAUGGAAUUCUUGCCAAUAUGCAUCGAGGUUCUUGGCCCGAUGGACCCCAACACCCUUAAAUUUCUUAAGGAAAUAUGCAAAAUGAUCAGCGUCAGAUCAGGCGACAGCAGGGAACUGUUUUUCGCAACUAACCACAUUUCGUGCUUGUUGCAGCUGUUCCUGCGUGUCUGUGUGCUUGAAAAUAUCCAACUGAAUGCCGACAUCAUCAACAACAGCAGCAGAAGCAGCAGCAGCAACAAAAUAGAUUCCCAUCUCAUUAUUGAUAGCAGGAAAACAGAUAUAAGCAGGACAUCAGCCAAGGCCUUCAUUGGAAGGCUCAAGGAACGUAAUAAAAGUUUCUAUGGCCAAAUAAAACCGGUGAUCCUAGCUUGGCAGACCACUAUCCUCUUUAUACCCUGGUCAUUCGUACUCUGCUGGCUGUUCCAUUAA